AGGUCCAGAUCAUCUGUGCUGUGUGUUCAGAUGUGCAUAUAUUUCUUCUAAGUUGAUUAAAGUUUUAGAACUAUCAAGUACCUCAAAGAAUACUGGUAAGCACACUUCAAAGACGUGAAUGGGAUUAAUUCAGGGCUGUUGCUCCUGACAGAUAAGCCAGUCUACCUGCUGUUGAAUGAUGUGCAAAAAAGAAAUUGGCUUUGAAGAAAGACGACAACACCUUUGAUGAGCCUCGUCCCUGAACUAACCGACCAGCACCGUUUUCCAGUUGUUGGGGAUGCUGUUUUAACGCAGAUAUGUGUCACAAAGAUGUCUACACGGAACUGCCCGGGAAUGGACUCAGUGAUCAAACCCCUGGACACAAUUCCUGAGGAUAAAAAAGUCAGGGUUCAGAGGACACAGAGCACUUUUGACCCAUUUGAGAAACCAACUAAUCAAGUUAAGAGGGUGCAUUCUGAGAACAAUGCUUGCAUUAACUUUAAGGCCUCCUCCACUGGCAAAGAGUCUCCUAAAGUUCGGCGGCACUCCAGCCCCAGCUCGCCAACAAGUCCCAAAUUUGGAAAAGCUGACUCAUAUGAAAAACUGGAAAAACUAGGAGAAGGAUCUUAUGCUACAGUAUACAAAGGAAAAAGCAAGGUAAAUGGGAAGUUGGUAGCCCUGAAGGUGAUCAGGCUGCAAGAAGAAGAAGGUACACCUUUCACAGCUAUCAGGGAAGCUUCUCUGUUAAAAGGACUGAAACAUGCUAACAUAGUGCUGCUUCAUGACAUCAUCCACACCAAGGAGACGCUGACACUUGUGUUUGAAUAUGUGCAUACUGAUUUAUGUCAGUACAUGGACAAGCACCCUGGGGGGCUGCAUCCAGAUAAUGUGAAGUUGUUUUUAUUUCAGUUGCUGCGAGGGCUGUCUUACAUCCACCAGCGUUAUAUUUUGCACAGAGACCUGAAACCACAGAACCUUCUGAUCAGUGACACGGGGGAGUUAAAGCUGGCAGAUUUCGGUCUUGCAAGAGCAAAAUCCGUCCCUAGCCACACAUACUCCAAUGAAGUGGUUACCUUGUGGUACAGACCUCCAGAUGUCCUCCUGGGCUCGACAGAAUAUUCCACCUGCCUUGACAUGUGGGGAGUCGGCUGCAUCUUUGUUGAAAUGAUCCAAGGAGUUGCUGCUUUUCCAGGAAUGAAAGACAUUCAGGAUCAACUUGAACGAAUAUUUCUGGUUCUUGGAACGCCAAAUGAGGACACGUGGCCUGGAGUUCAUUCUUUACCACAUUUUAAGCCAGAACGCUUUACCCUGUACAGCUCUAAAAACCUCAGACAAGCAUGGAAUAAGCUCAGCUAUGUGAAUCAUGCAGAGGAUCUGGCCUCCAAACUCCUACAGUGUUCCCCAAAGAACAGACUAUCAGCACAGGCCGCCUUGAGCCACGAGUAUUUUAGUGACCUGCCCCCACGGCUAUGGGAACUGACUGAUAUGUCUUCUAUUUUUACCGUCCCAAAUGUAAGAUUGCAACCAGAAGCUGGAGAAAGUAUGCGGGCCUUUGGGAAAAACAAUAGUUAUGGCAAAAGUCUAUCAAAUAGCAAGCACUGAUGCGCACAGCAGUCUCAAGAGAGCACAGGAUUAAGUUGUCAUCAUUCUGGGAAGGAAAAAAAACCAUUAAUGAAGUGGCCAAUAAUACGAAGGGAAUCACGGAUCAGUCUCCUUUCACUCCCUGUGGUGGAUUUCACUUACAAGAAAAUUGAAGCUGGCAAGACCUGUUUUCUCUGCAAUUUAUUUAAAACCUUGCACGCAUUUGGAUACCUUGUGAUUUCCAAGAACUAUGUGAAGAUUAAGUUUUGCUUACUGAUACAUGGCAUGUAUUCUUCUCAGUCUUUUGUGUUUGAUUUUUUUUGAUUUCCCUCUGCACCACGGCGUCUCUGUAAAGGUUUUUAUGCUUUCACCAGCCAUGUCUUAAAUACAUUAAGACAACACACUCAGUGUUCACACUUCUUCAGUAAUGUCUGUACUUGAAAGCCACAUAGUGGCAUAAAACAAUGUGUGUUUUCUUUGAGCGCAAUGCACAUUUUGCAACCACCAGGAAGGAAAACUAUAGCUAAAAAAACACCCAUGUUCUCUGACUGACUUGACACCUUGGUCCCUGGCCAUGGGACCCCACUUGUCUCUUUAAGGACAUUGGCAAAUGUGUGUUUUUGUUUUGUUUUUUUUCUUGGAAAUAACUGCACACUUAUAUAGGAUAUCAGAAUCUGCUUAGCAUUUUCAAGCCACAUAGCAUGACUGUUCUCCGAGCAGGUUGGAAGUGAAGAAACAAAUAUGAAGCAUUAAGAACAAAGACAGGGAUAAAUCACUUCCUUUUGAACCUCUAGAAAUUGAGGUAGCUUUUUAAAUGCUUUCUGGGUCUUGUCAACAUCUUAUUUUUUUCCAUCCACUUUGUUACGCUUUGUGAGUAUUUUCUAAAUGGUGAAAAGAGUGAGGAACAGAAUGUUUGUUUAAAGCACGGGUGCAAAAGAAUUGUAUCUGCUAGAUGAGCCCUGAAUGCUGUCUUUACUAGUCAACAUUUAAAAAGCAAAUUACAAAGCUAUCCGGAGUUUGAAAUUUGCUCAUUUACACCAAAACACCUUUGAACUACAUUUUUCUAAACAUUCCAGGCUAAUUGGAAGGCAUCAUUGGGUACCCUAACUUCAAGCAGUCUCCAGGAAUAACUGUUCGGACGCAGGUUUUAGAAACAAGGCAGGAGUCUUGCUUUAAAGAUGGAAAA